AAAGAAACAAACAAAAAGAAAAAAAGAAAAAAGAAAAAAAGAAAAAGAACCCUAAAAAUGGCAGAGUGUUCUUCGCAUAUUCUUAAAUGGUCUCCCCGUCGUCUUCUUCGUCUUUCGAUAUCCAUUUCAUAAUUGCUCGUGCCCAUGGCUUCUAGCAGCUCUUCUCCUCAUUCUUCUUCUUCUUCUUCUUCUUCUUCAGUUGCCAUUUAUUCAAGUCAGUUCUGCGUUUCUUUUGAUCCGGUGUUGCUCGUUCUGUUCUCCAGGGGAGGUUUUAAAGAGCUUUAAUGGCGAGGCUUAUUCGAAAUGCAUCUUUCCUUGGGCGCUCUCUUUUCCAGCGCGAGGGCUACAGGAUAGGCUUAUUAUUGGGAACGUCUACUCAAAUAUGUAAUUUUUCUACCAAAGGUAAAGAGAAGCCUACUGAGUCAUCAGAUGGGAGUGAUUCUUCUGAAAAGAAGUUGUCUAAGAAAGAGCUGGCCUUACAACAAGCCUUGGGUCGUAUAACUACCACAUUUGGAAAGGGGUCUAUCAUGUGGCUUGGCCGUUCUGCAUCAUCAGAAAAUGUCCCUGUGGUUUCCACAGGUUCGUUUUCUUUGGAUAUGGCUCUAGGAGUAGGUGGCUUUCCUAAGGGUCGUGUAAUCGAGAUUUAUGGUCCAGAGGCUUCUGGAAAGACAACUCUUGCACUGCAUGUAAUCGCUGAAUCCCAGAAGCAAGGAGGUUGCUGUGUCUUUGUUGAUGCGGAUCAUUCUUUUGCUCCAGCCCUUGCUCAGGCUAUUGGAGUGAACACUGAGAACCUCCACCUAUCUCAACCUGACUGUGGAGAACAAGCUCUUAGUUUUGUGGAUACCCAAAUCCGAAGUGGUUCUGUUGAUGUUGUUGUUGUUAACAGUGUAGCUGCUCUUGUGCCUAAAGGUGAACUCGAUGGUGAGAUGGGCGAUUCGCCGAUGGCUAUGCAGGCUAGACUCAUGAGCCAAGCACUUCGCAAAUUGUGCCAUUCUUUAUUCCUAUCACAGACUAUAUUAAUAUUUAUUAGUCAGGUAAGGUCAAAGCCGUCCACUUUUGGAGGAUUUGAUGGUCCAACUGAAGUUGUUACAUGUGGUGGCAAUGCGGUAAAGUUUUAUGCCUCGGUGCGUCUUCAUGUUUGCAGAAUAGGUUAUGUCAAGAAGGGGGAAGAGGUGAUAGGAAGCCAGGUUCAAGUAAAAGUGGUAAAGAACAAGCUUGCUCCUCCAUUUCGGAUUGCUCAAUUCGAGCUCGAGUCUGGAAAAGGUAUAUGUAAGGAGUCGGAGAUUAUAAAUUUGGGGUUGAAAUAUAAAUUCAUGUCCCAGGCAGCUUCACUCUAUCGCUUUAAUGGUCGAAGCUUCUACGGGAAAGAAGCCUUGAAAACUUUUCUGUCAGAGAAUGAAGAUGCUAGGAAAGAACUAAUUACAAAACUUCGGGAGAAACUACUCAAUGCGGAAAUGGGUAAGCCACGGAACGCAGACGAAACAGAAGGAAGUCUCCAAGAAGAUAUUAUCACCCCACCUGAUUCUACGGACGAAGAUGCAGCUACUGUUGUAGAAGCAUAAAUUGUGCUUUUGUGGUUCCAAUGAUGGAUGAUGAUUACCCUUGUAUUUUUAUAUGAAGGAUAGAAUGUUGACAUGGAGAUUUCAGAAAGUCAGAAUGCCAGUCUGAGGCAGCCCACCCGAAAUGCCGAUUUUUCGUUGCAGCGUCACUUUAUUUGUAAGUCUGAGUUGCUGUAUAACUGAUCAACUUGUGUAAUUCCAUAAUCACAUCCUAAUAAAUUGUUGAGCAUUUUUAUAAAAUUUACCGAUUAAUUUUGAAGAAA